CGGGACGGUGCCCGGCGCGCCAGGCCGUCGCCCACACAAUGAGCAAACCCGCGGGAGCCGGCGGGCCUGGGCGGCGGGGUCCCCACGGGCAGAGGCAGGCGUGAAGGUGAUUUAUUUGGUACAAACGUCUUUUAAGAGAAUUGCACAGUACUGAAGGAUGGUGGAAGCAGUUUUGAUUGAUCUCUUUGGUUUGAAAUUGAGCUCUCAGAAAAACUGCUCUCAGACACUCCUGAAGACAUUGAAUGCUAUCCAAUACCACCAUGCCGCCAAGGCCAAGUUUCUUUGCAUAAUGUGCUGCAGUAAUGACAGCAGUGAAAGAGAUAGUGAACAUGAUCCCUGGGAAAUGGAAACAAGAAAUGAAUUAUCAGCUCUCUUGAGAGAAUUUGAGACUGUUAGUAAACCCAGUGUGGCUGCCUCUUUGUAUACUGUUAAACAAAAAAUUGAUGAAAAAAAUCUGAGCAGCAUUAAGGUGAUUGUACCCAGGCAUAGGAAAACAUUAAUGAGGGCGUUUAUUGAUCAACUCUUCACUGAAGUUUACAAUUUUGAGUUUGAGGAUUUACAGGUGACUUUGAGGGAUGACCUUUGGAAACAGCCCACUGAAAUAAACAUGAUAGAAAUCCAGAAUGAAAUAGCAACAUACUUGAGAAGCCUGCCAGCACUGAAAGGAGAAUUGAGCAUUAUCACAUCUCCUUUGAUUCCAGAUACUUUCAUACAUGGAUUUACUACAAGAACAGGUGGGAUAUCUUACAUACCCACUCUUAGUUCAUUCAACCUCUUCAGUAGUUCCAAACGGAGAGAUCCUAAAGUUGUUGUUCAAGAAAAUCUACGUAGGUUGGCAAGUACUGCAGGAUUUAAUGCAGAGAAAUUUUACAAAAUAAAGACUGAUCAUGCCAAUGAUGUCUGGAUUAUGGGAAAGAAGGAGCCCGAAUCUUAUGAUGGAAUAACCACAAAUGAGAGAGGAGUCACAAUAGCUGCCCUUGGUGCUGACUGUAUACCUAUAGUUCUUGCAGAUCCUGUGAAAAAAGUAUGUGGGGUUGCUCACUCUGGCUGGAAAGGUACUUUGUUAGGUGUUGCUAUGGCUACAGUGAAUGCUAUGAAGGCUGAAUAUGGCUGCAGUUUGAAAGACAUUAUUGUUAUACUGGGACCUUCCAUAGGACCUUGCUGUUUUACUCUUCCCAGGCAAUCAGCAAGUGCAUUUCAUAAACUUCAUCCUGAAUGUGUACGACUGUUUGACUCACAAAAUCCAUAUAUUGACAUCCGUAAAGCCACCAGGCUUCUUCUAGAACGAGGAGGAAUACUUCCACAGAAUAUUGAGGACCAGAACCAUGAUCUCAACCUCUGUACAUCCUGCCAUCCUGACAUAUUUUUCUCCCAUGUUCGAGAUGGCCCUAACUUUGGUACACAGAUUGGCUUCAUCUCAAUCAGAGAAUGAGGUUCUUGACUGGGAUUUUGCAUAAUGGUUUCCUGCCUUCUUCUACACUGACUGCAAAAAUGAAGUUCAGUUGUUGAUAUAUCAAAACCAAGAGAAUUACAAAAGAUAAUUAAUCUGUAGAGUAUAUUUUCAUUGUUAGCCCAAAAAAAAAUGAUCUUGGUUUUAUUCUCAUGACAACUGGCAAAAGAAUCAGUAUGAUAUUUUCCCUAUUAAAGUUAUUUCUAAAGUUU